UGAUGAAGGUCCAAGAACAAACAGAAAUGUUGAAGCAGACAGAUGGACUGAUGCAAGCUCAAGCCCUUGGACACAAUACGGUUUACUACAGAGAAAAACAGUCCCUCCUGUUGCUUUUGGAUGAGGUUCUAGGAUGAGGUAUUCAGCCCUAAUACUGUGCCUCCCUCUCUUGCUUGUGUUGAAGGCCUCCGCUUCUUCUUUACGAGUUGUGCCAGGGUCAACCCUCACUCUUCCCUGUCUCCCUUUCCAAAGUAGCUCCAAUGAAGCUACAAUCACCUGGAAGUUCAACGGCAUUCAGGUACAGGAUCCUUUAGUUGUCAUUGGCAGCAGGCUGAAGAUCGACCUUGUCCGCGCUUCUAGCCAGGGAGAGUACGAAUGUGUGCUGUUUCGGAAUAACACAGAGCAGACGCGCAAAUACACAAUCAGUGUCGACGCCUUCAGCAGCUAUGCCCUCAAGCAUGAGGAGGGGUCCAUCAUCGUACUGCCUUGUGAACGACCGCAGGGUGCUCAACCUGAAAACUACGUACUUUGGUUCAAAGAAACAUCUGAGGGCCAGAGGAGGAGACUGAGCCCUGCAGAGAGUGCAGACCAGGAGCAACUGAAACUGAGCGGACGACUGGAGUGGCUUUAUGCAGAUCCCCAGGACGAAGAUCAGAGCAUUCAGGUUCACCAGGUCACCAUAGAAGACUCUGGAACAUACCAUUGCGAGUCAGAGAAGGGAGAGAAGUUCAGCUCCAUUGAACUGGUUGUGGAAGCUGCACCCAUAGUAGAGCCAUACUCCUGCAGCGGCUUCACAACACCAUGGGAACCGUGCCUGGAUGAGGACAACCGGUCAUGGGCGGCCAUCUUGGAAGAAUCCCUGACUGAGUUCUCCAUGAAAAUUUAUAGCCAUCUCAGACACUCUCAGCCCUCUGAAAACAUGCUGUUCUCACCAAUCAGUAUCAGUGCAGUGCUCAGCCACCUACUGUUAGGGGCCCGGAAGGAGACACGUGAACUCCUAGAGGCGGCCCUGAGCCUGCCCCACAACUUCACCUGUGUCCACUCUCAGAUGAAGAAGUUAAAGCAGAUACUUCAGGACAACAUGAAAAUGGCAUCACAAAUCUACUACCACGCUAACAUUCCACUGAGUGAGUCCUUUGCCAACCAAUCACUGCAGUACUACGAUGCAGAGGCUGUUAAACUGACCAAUAGCAGUAAGGAGAACGUGGAGACGAUCAACCGUUGGGUGGCAAAGCAAACAAACAAUAAGAUAAACCAUCUUGUUGACUCGGUUCCAGAGGACUCUCAAUUGGUGCUGCUCAACGCAGUAUAUUUCAAUGGCCAGUGGAAGGUAAAGUUUGACCGUGAAAAGUCCAGAGCACCAUUUGAAAGACUAGAUAAUGAAAUUGUCAUGGUGCCUGUUCUCUACAGCUCCAAAUACCCUCUCGCUAUGGAAUAUGUCUCAGUAGUGAAAUCACAGGUGGCAGUGUUCCCUCUAUCGGGUCAGACCAGUCUCUUCAUCCUGCUCCCUCCCUCUGGUACCCUCUCAGACCUCCAAUUGGUGGAGGGGAAGAUGACUGUCAUGGCUUUGCGUAAAAUGGUGGAACAGAUGAAGUCGUCGUCUCCACAGCCAACAGAGGUCACCCUUCCUAAACUCAACCUGGACGUCCUCACACAAAUUAAUCCAUUACUAGGGAAACUAGGACUGUCAACGCUCUUCGAGGGCGCUCACAUGUGCGGCAUUUACCCGGACCAGCCUCUAGUGCUGACGGAUGCCCGCCACCGGGCCUUCCUGGCCUUGACGGAGGCCGGUGUGGAGGCGGGCGCAGCCACCUCACUCUCCUUCUCUCGCUCCUUCUCUACCUUCUCUGCCCUGCGGCCCUUCCUGCUGGUGCUCUGGAGCGAUCGGGCCAACCAGCCGCUCUUCCUGGGCCGUGUCACCCAGCCGUGAGGGGGGGGGGGUGAGAGGGAGGUGGGAAAGAGAGAGAGGGAGAAAGAGGUGGAGGAGAGAAGGAAGGGACACGUGAGAGAGAGGGAGUGUCGAGGUGGGAAAGAGUGAAGGGGGAGGUGGGAAAGCGAAUGAGAGAAAGAGAGAGAGAGAGAGAGAGAGAGAGAGAGAGAGAGAGAGAGAGAGAGAGAGAGAGAGAGAGAGAGAGAGAGAGAGAAAGGGAGAGAAAGAGAGAGAGCGAGAGAGAGAGGGAGAUGUGAGGAAGAGGGAAAGAGUGAGUGGAGGUGAGAUACAGGGGGAGGGAAGGAAGCUUAGUGAAGCAAAGUGAGCCAGAAGAGUCAGACCACAGGGAGAGGAAUGUGAUACAGGUGGGGAACAGGGAUAGAACAAGACAGAGACAAAACAAAUCAACACAAAUCAAAUAAAGAACCAUCACGGUACCUAUCCAGUCUAUGUGUGUGUGUGCGCUUGCAAAAGUACAAGACAAAGCCUUGUUCAUUCAAACGGAACUGUAUCCCAUGAAACAAAACACAAAGAGCCACUGAAAUAAUAUUUAUUUAGUGAAGUAGUUACACAAACCCACCACACGAUGGUCGCAACGCCACAUGUUUCCAUAUAGACAGUUCAGUUAAGUACAUAAGGAUGCCACAGUAGUGAAUCCACCACCUCAUCCACUCAGUUUAAUCUACCCACCCUUCCUGUCUCAGUGUUCCAUACCAACAGCCUUAAAAGGAAGACAAAUGUCAAUAUCUGUGACAAUAAAGGUUUUUAAGCGAUGGCUGAAUGAUUAAAACA